AUGUCCUCUUCCUCCACCGCCGCUUCCCCCCCUACUGCAGACCCCCUCACCUUCCGGUACCGCCCUGACCGCCGCCAGCCCCUCACCCGCCAGCAAGCGCAGCAGGUCGUCGCCACACUCUACAACAAACCCUACACCACCAUUUCGCUGGGCGGCUGUGCAGUUAGAGACGGUGCUGCCGUUGUCAUCGGCGAAGCUUUGAUGCAUCUCGCUGAGAAAAAAUGCGUCCGCAACGUUGACUUUUCCGAUUGCAUCGGGUCUCUCUCCGAAGAGGAGGCCCUCCGCAGUCUGCAUUCCCUCUCCCACGCAAUCGGCCAGUGGAAGGGGCUCCGCUCCGUCAACCUUUCCCACAACGCCCUCGGCAGCCUUGGCAUCUCUCAAUGCGGCGCGAUGCUGGAGAAGCAACAAGACCUCCAGGAGCUCCGCCUAGAACACGCGGGCCUUGCAGCAGAAUCGGCCCGUCUCAUCCAGAGCUAUUUGGGCGUCCGCCCCGCCACCCGUCUCCGCUCGCUUCAAAUCCACGCAAACUCUCUCGACUCGGCGGGCACCAUCUACUUUGCCGAGAUUGUCGGAAAGUCCCCCAACAUCCAAUGUCUCCGUCUCUCCUCGGUCAACGCCGGCGCCAACGCCCUUGCCCGCGUUGCCUUUGCCCUGGAAAGCAAGACCUGUUUGCGCGAACUUGAUCUUUCCGAUAACCUUCUCGAUUCCGCCGCCGCCACCGCCCUGGCCAACUCGCUUGUCGCCCUGCCGCAUCUCCAACGACUCAUCCUGAAAGACCUCGACAUGAAAGAUGCCGCACUCAAAGCACUGCUCAAACCCUUUGUUGACGCCGAACACAAGCCCCCGCUUACCCAUCUGGCCCUCGCUGAUAACGAAUUAUCCCCGGCCGUCGCCCCCGUCUUGGAGUCGCUAUUGUUCGCCUAUUCCCACACUUUGACUUAUCUCGACCUCAGCCACAAUGAGCUGGGGCCCGCCACGGCUCAGAGCUUGACAGAUGCGUUGGCGGACGCGCACAGAGCGGGCAAGAAAAUCGCUCUCAAGACGCUCCUGCUCGCGAAGACCAAGAUCCCUGGAAUCCCGAUCCUGCGUCUUACCAGGGAACUAGUCGCCCUUCCAGGGUUUGAACGCUUGGAUAUUCUGCGCAACCCAAUCCCGAAAGUUGUCUAUGAUUGUAUUGUGGGGGCCCUCGGGCCCAGUGCUGUACUUUACAACGUCGCUGUUGUACCUAAUGAAGGUGAAGAGUCUAGCACGACGUCUAGUCAGGUCGAUGAAGAGCAGUUGCAAGAGGCAAUGCAGGAGUUUGCGGACAUAACAUCAGUGAUGAUACCCAGCACACCCCGAUCCUCCGAAUUGCUGUCGCCAUUCUCGGAACAGUCCUCCUCCCAAUCCAGGUCUGCCGUCUCCAGGUUGCGCACCCUUUUCUCCGAACAGGGAUCAGAGAAUGGCAGCGAGCAGACGUCCUCCCGAGUCCCUGGCACGGUGGAGGAGACAUCCACGUCAACACGAACUGCGCCGCCUAGAAGCUUCGAGGAUGAUAGCGGCGCAAGAGAGGACAAUUCGGAGACCAAUGCCCCCUCUUCGUCGCCGCAGACUCUGCCAGUCAACGGAGCGACUAUGACUUCAUCAACUCUGUCAACGGCGAGAAAUGUCUUGCAAGAACCCGGGGCGAUACCAGUUGCGUCUGUAGCAAAUAGGAUCGUGACCAGUGCCGAACAGCCCGAGUCUGCCAAAAAGCUCAAGACAAGUCUUGCGUCCUUUAGGCGAGCGUUUACAAACUUGUCAAGCGAGUUCGGACCUCCUGUUUCGUCUCCGCUCGUUGCUGAAAACAGAAUUGCAUAUCUGGGAGAUAUGGGCAAUGCGUCAAACAAUGUUGGUGACUAUCUGCUAGCAGGAGAGCUAUCGCGAGACGGAGCUAGAAAGCAAUCGGCUCUUGGAGCACUCGUUAACAUUCUUGGGGCACUGCUUAUUGGGGCAUUCCUCGUUAUCCUUGUGCUUGCGAUUGUGCAGUCCCUUGAAGAGUCCACAUUCGCUUAUCGGGCCGUGUAAACGUCCAUAUGUAAACAAAUCGAGCUUUGUAUAUAUCGGCAAUGUCCCACAGAGGCGCCACAGAAUAAAAAAGCUGGAUAAUACU